AUGUCAAUUCUCCCAGCCCAGGGCGGUCUUUUGGGAAACGCCUCACAUCCAUUGAGCCCCAGGAACCAAAAUAUCAACGCCUUUGGUCCGGGGGCAGUCACUGGAUUUGACUUCACACCACUUUUUGAAGACUCAGUUCUCUCUGUGGUGCCAUCUGCACUUCUCUUAUUAUGCCUACCCUAUCGCAUAGUUGCCCUGAAUCGACAGCGCCCAAAAGUCUUGGCGGGUGGCUUUCUACAUGAAAGCAAGCAAGCAUUUCUGGGAGUGUUUUCGGCACUGCAGUUGGCACUAGUGAUUCUUCACAUCUUAAAUCCCUCUCUACGCACCAAUUUCACAAUCGCUGCUUCGGUGCUGGCUUUUGUUGUCAGCCUUGGUCUUUGUUUCCUCUCGCAUCUCGAGCAUGCACGUUCCAUUCGCCCAUCGCCACUCAUCAAUGGAUACAUUCUACUCACUCUGAUUUUUGAUAUCGCCCGAUCUCGUACCCUAUUUCUAAAUGGGGCAAGUAAGUCAAUCACCAGCUGCUUUGCGGGAAUGAUCGGCGUUAAAGUCUUGGUGCUACUCGCCGAGGCGACAGAGAAACAUGGUAUUCUAUUGGAAGCCUACCGCCACCUUUCUCCCGAAGAAACAAGUGGAAUUUAUUCCAAGUCAUUUUUUUUCUGGUUGAAUCAACUCAUGACAUCCGGUUUUCGCCGAGUUCUUCGUAAUGAGGAUCUCUAUCCAAUCGAUCGCGACAUGUCAGCUGAACUCUUGCAGACAAGAAUGAAUAAUGCUUGGGAUAAUGCUCAGCAAAGCAAGCCAAGGGCCCUCUUCUGGGCGGUUCUGCGUGCAAAUACUAAGCCACUCUUAUAUUGUAUUGUGCCGCGGCUAUGUCAGAUUGGCUUCCGCUACGCUCAGCCGUUUCUUUUGACGCGGACAAUCUCUUUUGCAAGCGAUGAAACUCAGCCCGAUAGCGUUGGAUGGGGCUUAACUGGAGCUUUCUUCAUAGUCCUCCUCGGUGUGGCUGUGUCGAAUGGUGCCUACUAUCACAUGACAUAUCGCUUUGUUACAAGUGUGCGUGGCAGUUUGGUUAGCCUUAUAUACUCCAAGACGGUCGAUUUAUCAAUCACAGCACUCGAUGAGUCAGUCGCAGUUACUCUCAUGUCUAGUGAUGUGCAGUCUAUCUGUCUUGGAUUGGAGUAUAUCAAUGAUUUCUGGGCGGUCCCACUUGAGCUGACCAUUGCGCUCUAUCUGCUCGCUCGCCAACUGGGCGUAGCGUGUAUCGCUGCAGCUGCAAUUGCUCUAUUUUCCACCGUCUCAAUCAUAUCUAUCUCCAAAAUUAUGGGCCAUGCUCAGGAAAUUUGGAUGCAACGAAUUCAAACAAGAGUGGAUGCAACUACAACCAUGCUUGGGUCAAUGAAAUCUGUCAAGAUGCUGGGCUUUACGGAUUGGCUGGCAGGUAUUAUCCAAAAACUUCGAGUGGAUGAACUUCAGGAAUCGAAGUUGUUCCGUAGGCUACUUAUUGUACGAGUCUUCCUUGCAAAUCUCCUACAGGUCUUCGGAUCGUUUCUCACCCUCAUGACUUAUGCCCUUCUUCCUGAGAACGGUCGGUCUGCUCUUACAGCAGAAACCGCGUACACAGCCCUCACACUCAUAUCUCUCCUUUCCAGUCCACUCAAUGCACUCAUCCGUGCCAUUCCAUACAUGAGCACUUCUCUUGCAUCUCUUAAGCGGAUCCAGACAUUUCUGGAGUCAGAUGCCCGACGAGAUCAUCGGAUAACCCUCGAUGAAAGGAUCAAGCACCGCUCGAAUGAAGAUUCACUAUCAGAUGGAAUUGAACUUCAGGAUUUGACCCCUGGGUUGAAAAACUCAGAUGGUAAACCAGAUGUCAUUGUCGUUCGAGACGCCAGCUUCUCGUGGAGCGAUGAUUCAACAUUCUGCAUCAAGGACAUCAACCUAAAUAUUCAAAAAGGACAGCUCUGCAUCAUAAUCGGACCUACAGGUUGUGGAAAAAGUACUCUUCUCAAGGGCAUGCUUGGAGAAACUCCCUCCACAAAAGGGUUUAUAUAUACAAGCCACCCACAGACUGGGUUCGUCGACCAAACCCCUUGGAUCAGGAACACUUCUUUCCGAGAUAAUAUUUUGGGAACUUCCAUGUACAAUCAGGACUGGUAUGAUGAGGUUGUUAGUGCUUGUGCAUUGGAUCAGGAUAUUGCUAUGCUGCCCAAUGGCCAUUUCACAAAAGUUGGCUCAUCGGGUAUUUCUCUUUCUGGUGGCCAGAAACAGCGUCUAGCCCUUGCCCGUGCUGUUUACUCACGCAAAGAAGUAAUCAUGUUGGACGAUGUUUUCUCUGGUCUUGAUGCAGAUACAGAAGAGCGCAUAUUCAUGAAAUUGCUUUCGAGGCAAGGACUGCUCCGCAAAUUAGGAACAACUGUACUCUUGGCUACCCAUGCCGUACACAGACUUUCUUAUGCGGAUCUCAUUGUUGCCAUGGACAGUAAUGGGUCUAUCGCUGAACAAGGUUGCUUGGAAGAACUGGAAGCAAACCGUGGCUAUGUAUCGCUACUCAAGGCGCGAUAUCGAGCCGAGGCAAAUGAGGACCCAGUCAAGGCCCAGACCCAUGUUGAAUUCAAUCUUCCAACGGCAGGGAGAGAGCAGGGUGCUGGUACCGAAACCAUUGCCCAAGAGCUUACCAGACAGAACGGCGACUUAUCCCUUUACGCUUAUUACCUUGGCUCAGUACAUUGGAUAUCCAGCGUUUUUUGGAUUGCUUCGUUUCUACUAACAGGCGUCUCGAUGAAAAUGAGCGAAUACCUGGUGAAUUCCUGGACUAGUUCAUUGGAGGAGCAUGGUCGAGAUGUCAAUGGGCUCUAUCUAGGACUUUAUGGAAUGCUUGCGAUGUUGGCGAUGCUUUUCCUUAUUGGGGGUGGAUAUCACUAUAUCAUAUUUUUCGCCUCCAAGAGUGCCCAGAGGCUUCAUCAAAGACUUGUGGGGUCGGUGAUGAAUGCACCGCUUUCUUUCUUCACAUCAACCGAUAUUGGCAGCACUAUCAACAGAUUCAGCCAAGACAUGACUUUGAUUGACCAUGACCUACCCUACUCCGCCACCGAUUUUACUCUGUCUUUGUCUGGUGGCAUUAUGUCUUGUGUGCUGAUGUGUAUCUCAGCCAGCUACUUUGCUGCAGUCAUGCCAGCAGUGUUUCUUUUCAUGUGGAUGUUGCAGAAAUUCUACCUUAGAACGUCACGACAGAUACGUUUUCUCGAUUUGGAGGCGAAGUCACCCCUCUUUUCUCAAUUCAUCGAGAGUUUAUCUGGCCUGGUGACAAUCCGGGCCUUUGGCUGGUCUCCUGUUUUUGAAGCUCAAAAUCUGACACUGCUAGAUGCCUCCCAGAAGCCAUUCUACUUGUUAUUCUGCAUCCAACGUUGGCUUGAGCUCGCUCUGGAUGUAUCAGUGGCCAUUCUUGGCGCAAUCCUCAUGAUUCUAGUUGUCAGGCUUCGAACAGAGCUCGGCACAGGAUAUGUCGGCUUGGCCAUCCUCAAUGUCAUCACCUUUAGCCAGUCUCUGUCGGAGAUUCUUCGCAAUUGGGCCAAUCUCGAAACAUCUAUUGGUGCAGUCUCUCGCAUAAGGGACUUUUUGACCAACACUCCAAACGAGAAUCGAUCUGGAGAAAAUAAUCUUCCGGAUUUCUCGAAUUCAAUUCAAUCCUCAUGGCCCUCCAAGGGAAACAUUGAGUUCCGCAAUGUCUACGCAUCUUAUAACUCAGGAGAUGAGAACUACGUUCUUCGCAAUUUGAGCAUGACGAUAAGAGCCGGAGAAAAGAUCGGCAUAUGCGGAAGAAGUGGCAGCGGCAAAAGCUCCCUUCUAGCCAGCUUGUUCCGCAUGCUAGAAGUUGAGCCUACAAGUCAAAUUCUGAUUGAUGGCGUGGAUAUUACUCGAAUUCCACGACAGACCACCCGUGCGGCUCUGAAUGCGAUUCCACAGGAGCCUUUCUUCACACAUGGCACCGUUCGCGCGAACAUGGACCCCGACCAAUCCAAACCUUUGGACAAAAUUGAAGAAGCCUUGCGUCGCGUCGAGCUUUGGGAUAUCAUCCACACCAAGGGCGGACUCGAGGCUCAUUUGGAUAUGAAUUUCUUCUCACAUGGUCAGAGACAGCUGUUUUGCCUGGCAAGAGCGCUGCUGCGUGGUAGUAAAGUGAUUAUUUUAGACGAGGCGACGAGCAAUGUGGAUGUCGUUUCCGACGCGCUCAUGCAGCGUAUUAUUCGGGAACAAUUCGCGGACUGCACAAUCUUGGCCGUCGCUCAUCGACUGGAGACAAUUAUUGAUUUUGAUAAAAUUGCUGUGAUAAAAGAUGGACAAUUGGCAGAGUUCGACGCACCCCAGACCCUUCUUCAGCGUGAUAGUGCAUUCAAAGAGCUCUAUGAGUCUUGA